AUUUCCUAAUUGUAUAUUUAGCCCAUUACCUACAAUCAUCAGUUCAGCAAUGCACCACCCAAAAUCGAUUACAAUGCCUUUCCACAUCAUCAGUUCAGUAAUCAACCUCCUAAGAUGGAUGCUAUAGCUUCUAUUAUACAAUAUUGUCGUUCUAAAAACUAUCCAGCUCCUCGUUUUAAUGUUCUCAAAGACAAAUUUUCACGUGGCACUUACUCAUGUAGUGUACACAUAAAUGACAUCAUUUUCUCCACAUAUCCUCAUGAAUAUGAGACUGAGUAUUUAGCUAAAGAAGCCUGCGCUAAGCGAGCUUUGGAAAAGACUAAAAUGCUAGAAAAGAAAAGACCCCUACCUACUUGUGCUUUAACAGAUACUGAACUAUUGGAUAAACUUUAUACCGAAUUGUUAAAUCAUCCACAUGGUAUUUUUGCUAAAAAUUUACCCGAAACAUUUGAGACAACGUUCCAGCAACAAUUGCCCGAUAAUUGGUGGGCCUUGGUGCAGACUUCUAGUUUAUUUACUACUGAAACUAAUUUGGGUAAAGUGAUUAUAUUCGCCAACAAGGAUGCUGAUAAGGAUACGUUGGCAUUAUGUACUGGUGAGACCACUAAGACUAUACAAAUCGAUCCUAUACGUUUACCGUGGUCCGAUGAAUAUUGGAAUGUUUUCAUUACGCACUGUACCUCUACCGUAGAGGUUUGGGGACGCUUGUUUGGUCAGGAAUAUAAUGUACGUUUUAGUGCUUUGGUUAAUGAUAUUGAAGCUUAUAUGGCCACGAAGAAGGAACGUCCUGUAUCUAUAGCACGCAAAAAUAUCUAUCUUGUACACAUUAACGAAUGCUGGCAUCGUGUAAGAGUAGAUGAAUUGGAUAAAUCUAAGGGUAGUGCUUUGUGUUUCUUUAUUGAUUUCGGUGAUGCCGACUGGUUGGCGGUCGAUCAAUUGCACAUCUGUGAAACACAUUUCCUAAGACUGCCGGCACAAGCAGUGCCUUUUUCAUUGUAUGGUUUGGAAGAUUUCGAAGGCAAUCCUUAUGCACGCAAAUGUUUAGAUGAUCUGCUACCCACCAAAUCUUUGGUGGGUCGUAUUUUCACUAAAGAAUCAGAGUUCUAUGAUACCAACUCCAAGAGUCACGGUAAAAUACAAUUGGUGCUAUUUGAUACUUCCACCCAAGAGGAUCUCAAUCUUAAUCAUCAGCUAUUGAACACCAUCUGCAGUGAGACAUUGGUACCGGAAAUUAAACAAAGUACCGUAACCAAUGUCAUUAUAACACAUAUUACCGAUCAGGGUGAUAUUUAUCUGCAAGUUAAUAAUGCUGAAUUGAAAUAUGUGCAAAAACUUUUGCAACAAAUUGUUGAAUCUAAAUUCAAUAGUGAUCAACAUAAAAUCUCCUUUGAGGAUUUAAAACGUUCCAAUCUAUUUUUAAUUUGUGAUGAUGAAGAUGCCACCAAUAUUAAAUGGUAUCGUGCUGCCUUAACCAACUCAAAUAUACAACCGGGCAGUGAUAGUUAUGAAAUGUAUUAUGUGGACAAUGGUCGCACUAAAUUAACAAAUUUAUCGAAGAUAUUUUUAUUGGAUAGUUUAAGUAUGGCUUUGAGUAAAUUCCCAGCUCAAGCCAUUAAGGUGAGACUGCAUAAUAUACCCGAUAUAACGGCCAAUAUUGUGGGACGUAUACGUGGUCUUUUACCCAGUGAUUGUGAAGCUUUAGUAAGACUGUCUGUACCCGGUUCUACUCCUCCGUUGGUAACAAUUUAUACACGUUUGGAGGGACCUGGUACAUUAUGUACUAUUAACGAUGUGAUACGUAUAGAACAUGAGCUAGAAGGAUGUUCUGAUUUACUACAAGGUUGUGCUUUAGAUGAAACUAAUACUAUUAACAAAUCCAAUCAAGAUGUUGGCAAAAAACUUUCACACAGCACCAGUGGCUCUUCCCUAGCCUCACCCACUACACCCACAUCUAAUCCUUUCAUCGAUGUAACACGUGGUCUUACUUUAACUAAAAUACCCGGAUCACCACAAAAAUCAUCGGAUCUUCCUAAAUUGCAAAAUUAUGCAGCCAUACCAAAAAUUAAUGAAUACUUUGAAGUACGCAUAACAAUGUCAGCAAAUCCUUCAAACUUUACGAUACAACCCUAUAAAGAUUAUCCCAAUUUGAGGGGAUUAAUGAAAGAAUUACAAGAAUUUUGUGAAAAUAGUGAUGAAUUUAUACCAACUGAUAUGGUAGAAAUUGGUGAGGCAUAUGCUGCCAAAAAUCCCGAUGGAUUCUUUCAUAGAGUUACUGUUGUUAAAAAAUAUGGCGAUAUGAUGCAUGUAUCAUUCUGCGAUUUCGGCGAUAUAGCAACAUUAGAUAGCAGUCAAUUAAAGACAUUGCCUUUGAAAUUCCGUCAAUUACCCAAAAUGGCUAUACAAGCCAAGCUUUAUGGCAUUAAAGCUGUUAAUGGUGACUGGACCUUAGAUGAUUGUUUAUUUUUCCGUAAACUAACGGUGGGUAAAACUUUUGUAUCGGUUAUUAAAGAUAUAAAAUACGAUAAGGAUUGUACACCGGCCACACCCAUACUCGAACUGGAAUUAAUUGAUGUUACCACUGAUGAUGAUAUUUUAAUACAUGAACUUUUACUCAAUGAAAAACGUGCUAUUAACGAAUGAAUAACAUUUUGAACAAAAUGAAAAUCUCGUGUUUAUAGGAUGAGGACCUAUAAAUAAUCGUUUAAUUUUCUUUUAAACUUCUAUAGAAUGUGGGUAAUUUAAUAAUUUUCAUCAUUAAUUUCUUUUUUUUUUUUAGUUUUACAUACGUGUUGAUCACGUAAAAUUAUUAUUAUUAUUAUUAUUUUUUUAACUAUUUAUAUUACACAAACGAAUUACUUAUAGAAAAAAACAUAUAAUAUUUCAUUAUAUUUAACGACAUUUUCACAUUCACAUUCCGAAAUUUGUUUAAUUUAACGAACAGAAAAAAAAGUUACUUAUUUCCUUAAACUCAUUAACAAAAAAAGGAAAAACACAAAUUCAUCUUUAAGUGAAACUCAUUAAAGCAUUUUCCAAAGUUUUGUUGUCAUUAUUAUUUUUUUUAAUUCUCAUUUUAAGCUUUUACUAGUAAAUUUUAAGCUGACAGACAGACAUUUCUAAUCAUUUCACUUUUGUUUUAAGUUUCUUUUCAUUUUCUUUUUAUAAACUAAACUUCGUUUUAGUUUGUUUCCUUCUCUCAUUUCCUUCAUCAUUUUUAUAAUUGUAACGAAACAAAAAAAUUAAAAAAAAAAAUUCAUUUAAUAACUCAAUUAUUUUAAUUUUCAUACAUAAAUAUGCGUGUGUAUUUAUUUGAAUGCAAAUAAUUUUUUCUUCAAAAUGAGAAUUAUAGACAUGAAUAGAUUAUUAAUUACACAAAUCAACUCUAUUUAUAAUAAUAAACAAAAAAACUUAUAAAUAUGCGAAAAUUAUAAACAAUUUAAUGAU